GGAAGCGCCCAGUGGGACAGCAAGACAGACUUUUUUUGCCGCCGCGGACACAUCUCGGCCCUCGGCUCUCUGAUCCGCAUCUGCUCGCCAGGCUGCCGCCGAUCUCCUCCAGCGCCGCCCGCUCAGCAAGUCUUCCAAGCCCGUUGCCGCUGCCCCAACACCGUCCACCUUCUAUCCACAUCCUCCACAUCCGUCUCUGUCUGCGCCUCUGUCUCUCAUGAAGCAAGUCUUCUCCGCCCUGGACGUCGCCGCCUCCGUGGCUGAUCUCAAGCUCAAGCUGAUUGGCUUCCGGCUCCAGAACGUCUAUGAUGUCAACCAGAAGCUCUAUCUUUUCAAAUUUGCCAAGCCCGAUCACAAAGAACUGCUGCUGAUCGAAUCGGGCAUCCGCAUCCACACGACCCAGUUCUCGAGGGAAAAGUCGUCUGCUCCGUCGAGCUUUGUCAUGAAGCUCAGGAAGCAUCUGCGCACCCGUCGCCUGUCCGACGUGUCGCAGCUCGGAUUUGACCGAAUCGUAGACAUGCAGUUUGGCGAUGGUGAAUUCGCCUACCACCUUAUAGUCGAACUGUAUGCAUCUGGUAACAUUCUUCUGACGGACCAUGAGUAUCGCAUCAUGACCCUGCUGCGUGUCGUCGAGCUCGAUGGCACAGCUAUACCCGGAAACAGGGCCGACGACGCCCGCUUUGCCGUCGGCGAAGUCUACCCGAACGUCUCCCGUCCAUUCGAGCCCAUGACUGAACUUAAACUGCGUUUGGCGCUCGAAACGGCCGAGGCCAACGAAAACGCGGCCGCCCAGCUCGACCAGCCCGAGGACGCCCCGUCGCAGUCCGUCGAGAAGCAGGAUAAGCAGGAGAAGGGCAAAAAGAAGGGAGGCAAGCAGCCGCCGCAGCAAACCAGUGCCAAGCAUCAGACAAAGAAAAGACCUCAGAUACUCACCCUCAAGCGGUUCCUUCGCGAGCAUUUCUUGCAAAUCUAUGGCCCAGCGCUUGUGGAGCACGCCCUGGCAGAGUCGGGCCUGGAUCCCAAUCUCGCGGUCUUGAAAGACCUGGACACCGCGAGCGGGUCCGUCCAGCUCGACUCCUUGCUCGCUGCCCUUGUCAAGGCAGACGAUGUUGUGCGCUCAUGCAAGAACAGUCCGCAGAAAGGAUGGAUCAUUUCCAAAUCCCAUGCAAAAGACGAGAGCAGAGAUGAUGCCGGGGAGUUCGUGACCUAUGAGGAGUUCCAUCCGGUGCUCUUCUCUCAGUUCAAAAAUUCGCCGCACAAAGAGUUCCAGGGCUUCGAUCACGCGGUGGACGAGUUCUUCUCAAAACUCGAAGCACAGAAACUCGAGCUGCGCGCCCGACAGGCCGAGCAGGCGGCGGCCAAAAAACUGGCUUCCGUGAAGGCGAGCCACGAGAACCAGGUGCGCGGGUUCGAAGCUGCGCGGCAAAACAACGAAAAGACGGCGCUGGCAGUCGAGCUCAACCUGGAAAAGGUCGAUGCGCUCGUCAACACCCUUCGCGGCUUCCUGGCCAGUGGAAUGGAUUGGGUCGAUCUUGCCGAGCUCAUCAAGGAGGAGCAGAAGCGACAAAAUGAGCUGGCGCUGAUGGUACUGCAGCUCAAGUUGGAUGUUGGCAUGGUCACCAUCGGCCUUCCAAACCCAGAUCUGGCCGAUACGUCGUCGGACGAAAGUGGAAGCUCUAGCGACGAUCUGGAUUCGGACGAUGACGACUACGAGCUCCAACUCGCCGCCAAGAAAAAAGCUUACGAGCAGAAGCUAGCCCUGGUUAAGAAGCGGCGUGACGAAUCGCUGAUCAAGUUGGACGUGGACAUUUACGCCUCGGCCUAUGCCAACGCCUCGCGCUACUACGAAGCCAAAAAGCUCGCCAUCGUCAAGCACACCAAGACGCUCCAGGUCGCUGAGAAGGCGUUCAAGUCGGCCGAGCGCAAAAUUGCCAUGGACCUCAAGAGCACCCAGCAGAUUGUACCCUCGAUCAGUAAAAUUCGCAAGCCCCUUUGGUUCGAAAAGUUCCUGUGGUUCGUCAGCAGUGAAAACUACUUGGUUGUCGGCGGCCGCGACGCAACCCAGAACGAGAUGCUUGUGAAGCGAUAUCUCCGGAAAGGAGAUGUCUACAUCCACGCCGAUCUUCAUGGAGCCGCCUCUGUGAUUGUGAAGAACACUGGCGCUGGGCCAGAUGCCACCAACGCUGCCGGAAAUGAUGACUGUCCGAUCCCGCCCACGACGCUUUUGCAGGCCGGCACCAUGUCCGUCUGCCAAUCCAAGGCAUGGGACGCCAAGAUCGUCACCAGCGCCUGGUGGGUAUAUGACCACCAAGUCUCGAAAACCGCGCCCACAGGCGAAUACCUAACCACGGGCAGCUUCAUGAUCCGUGGAAAGAAAAACUGGCUCCCGCCAAUCCAGCUCGUCUAUGGCUUUGGCAUUCUCUUCAAGGUCGAUGAGAGCAGUGUUGGUCGACACUACUGGGAACGGCGGCCAUGGGGACGUGGCCAAGACCCCGGGAACGCCCCAUCUGCCAAGUCCUUGGAUGGCGGAGAGCUGCCGUCAGCGACCGAUGUCUCGCUUGGCCAAGAGGAGGAUCGAGAUGAGGAUGUUGACGAGCAAUCGGUGAUGAUUGGUGGAGGGCACGCCGUAGACCAAGAUGCCCCCAAUGACGACGCCGGAGACCUUGCCGACGAAACAGAGGAUCCCCAAGACGAAACAACCGAGCUCGAGGCCGCUCAAGCGAACGAUACCCUCGGGCAAGGCCAGCAUACCGCACCUGAUGCGGAUGAUGAAGCGAGCUCAGCCACCGGGACAUUCCCGGUCGGCUUGGACAAGUAUAAUCUUGCAGCUCUCGGCGAGAGUGCCUCAGAUGACGCAUCUACACAGCAGAGCGCAACGCAGUCCAAGCGAUACCUGUCGGCCAAAGAGCGUCGCAACGCCAAAAAGAAGCAAGCCCAAGGGAUCGACGCCACCGAUCCAGAAGACGUAGCGGAUGCAACCAGUGCGAGAGUCCAGAGUAAGGCUCGCCAGGAAGCUCGUGCGACUCCGUUCGAAUCCAAAGGAACAUCACCGGCGUCCAAGACCCCGGUUCGCGGCAAGAAGGGGAAGGCGAAAAAGAUCAAGGACAAAUACAGGGACCAGAGCGACGACGAGCGCGAACUGAUGAUGAAGCUGCUUGGAUCCAAGGGCAAGGCGGGAACGGUAGAAGCCAAGGGCAGCCAAAUCGCCAAAGCCCAGACAGCGUCCAAGGAAGGCGCGCGCAAGCAGGAACACGAUCAAACCGAGCAAUCUGCAGCAUCCUCCCUAAACAAAGCUUCGACCGCUUCCCCAGAUGGCGAUGCCGACGCUGAAGACGAAAACGGAAAUGAAAUCGAAAUCGAAAUCGAAAAUGAAAAGGAUAACGAAACCGACGAAGAGCGCAACAGCGCCGAUGGCACCAACGCAGAUGGCACCACCGCUGACCGCGACGAUAUCGACGAAGUCCGCCGCCUUUUGGAAGAAGAGAACGUGGCGCUGUUGGAUGACGACCAGGCUUCCAAUAUGACGUUCCUUGACUCGCUCACCGGCCAGCCCCAUCCGGACGACAAUCUUCUCUACGCCAUCCCGAUGUGCGCUCCAUGGGCCGCACUGCAAAAGUUCAAGUACAAGGUCAAGCUCCUACCGGGAUCGCUCAAGAAAGGCAAGGCAGCCAAGGCAGCCAUCACCUGCUUUAUCGCCGCAGCAAAUGAGGAGGCAAAGGGGCGCGACGAUGCCGUCACUGCUGCCCUCAGCCGUGAAAAGGAAUGGAUCAAGGCCAUCCCUGAGACGGAGUUGAUGGCACAGAUACUGGGCAAAGUCAAGGUGAUGUCGACGGGUGCAGCGGACAACAAAAAGCAAGCCAAAGGAAAGAGAAAGUAGGCUUGAACAGAUUGGUCGCUUCGGGCCGAUCGUCGAGUAUACACGCCCGGCGCAGCAAGUUCAAGCUGCCAAUCUUACGAACAGUCUCUGCGAAUGAAACAAACGUUGCCAAACUUUGCUUGCAAACUGGCCAUGGGAUUUGUUACAGCCCCAGCACACAUCACAACACGCUUCUACUGGAGUGAGCAAACUGUGGGAGUAUCGGUAUCGGUAUCGAUAUCGAUUUUGGUCUUCAUGGGCAAUCAACAACGGAGGGUGUCAGGGCG